AUGAAUUUUACAGGCCUUGAUACCACAGAUUAUCCCAAUUAUCCAGACUAUUCAGACUAUCGUUCUCUAAUCAUGCAACCUUGUUCUAAGCUGGGAGUCAGGAACUUCACAAAAGCAUUUCUGCCAGUUGCAUAUUCAUUGAUUUGUAUCAUUGGCCUCGUUGGUAACAUCUUCGUGGUGAUGACCUUUGCUUUAUAUGAAAGAACCAAGUCCAUGACGGAUGUGUACCUCUUCAACAUGGCCAUAGCAGACAUACUGUUUGUUCUCACUCUUCCACUGUGGGCAGUGAAUUAUGCUGCUAAUGAAUGGAUUUUUGGUGAUUUCAUUUGCAAAAUUGCUCGAGGUAUCUAUGCAAUCAACUUCAGCUGUGGCAUGCUGCUUUUGGCCUUUAUCAGCGUGGACCGGUACAUUGCUAUCGUACAGGCUACAAAGUCGUUUAAACUCAGGGCAAGAACACUCGCAUAUAGUAAACUCAUUUGUUUGGCUGUGUGGGUAUCAUCAAUUUUAGUCUCUAGUUCCUCUUUUAUUUACAGUGAAAGUUACACUUUCUCUAUCAAUGAAACCAAAGAGAUUUGUGAUCACAGAUUUGACAAAAAGUCUGAAAGCAAAAUGCUGAAAUCAUUGCUGUUGUGGUUACAAGUUGGAUUUGGAUUUUUUAUACCUUUCAUAUUCAUGUUUUUUUGCUACACCUUCAUUGUCAAAUCCUUGCAACAAGCUCAGAAUUCCAAAAGAAACAAAGCAAUCCGUGUGAUCAUAUUAAUUGUAGCUGUUUUUCUAGUUUGCCAGGUACCUUAUAACAUUAUUCUUCUUGUGACAGCUGUAAACAUGGGGAAGAUAGACAAAUCUUGUGAAAAUGACAACAUAUUGGCUUAUGCAAAAUACACCACUGAAGUCAUAGCAUUUUUACACUGUUGUGUGAACCCUGUGCUCUACGCAUUUAUUGGAGUGAAGUUCAGAAGUUAUUUUGUGAAGCUAAUGAAGGACCUAUGGUGCAAGAGGUACAAGAAAUACAAUAAACGUAGUUCAAAGACAAGCUCUGAUACUUAUCAUUCAAGACAGACUAGUGAAAUUCUGACUGACUCUGGAUCUUCUUUUACUAUAUAA